AUGAUUAGUAUAAUUAUUCUCUUGCUAGGCAUCGUGGAAAUCACUAUUGCACGAGAUCCACCUACUAUGCUGCCUAAUACAUCAAAUUUUAUUACGAAAGAUGUAAAUGAAAACAGUUCAAUUGAAUUACAUUGUCCAGUUACUAAUUCACCUGAUUUAUCGAUUCAAUGGUCAAAAAAUAAUGAAGAUUUAGAUCCAAUGUGGUUAUCGCCGAAUGUAGUUAUCAAAAGAUUAUUAUUAAAAAUUCAGCAAACACAUCUAAAUGAUGCUGGAUUAUAUAAAUGUAAUGUAGUAAAUGGAUUUGGUAGUAUAUAUGCACAAUUUCGAGUUAAUAUUAUAACUAAUGAAACCGUACUAAAUAAUGUUCAUGACAAUGAACAACGAACUGUAAUCAGUUCGGAUUUAGAUUCAUUGAGUGGAGAAGCACCAGAAUUUAUUUCACGAAGUAAUGAUGGCCAGACAGGGUCGACUAAAGUUAUUCAACCAGAAGGUACGACUGUACAAUUAAAAUGCUUAGCAUCUGGUAAACCAUCGCCAGAAGUACGAUGGAAGAAAAAUGGUAAAAUAUUAUCAGAAGAUGAAUAUGGUGUUACACAAACGCAAAUAUUAAUAAUUAAAGACUUACGUCAUUCAGAUACUGGUAAUUAUACAUGUGAACUAUCUAAUUCAUUUGGAGCUAUAAAUGCCACAUAUAUUCUUAUUGUUACAGAAAAAUUACAAUUCUUCGGCAACGAUCCUCAAAAUACAAGUAUUGAAAAUGGUAAAAAAAUUGUGCUUAAUUGCAGAGUUCAAACGCACAAUCCAACAAUGAAAAUUGAGUGGUUAAAAAGAAUUGAUGGUCAACAAUCAUUCCGGCCUGAUGCUCUUGUAUUUGGCUCAGAACAAUAUGAACAUAUUGAACAACCUCAUGAGCUGCAAUCACAACAAUAUUCAAAUGAAAUUCUUUCAAAACCACUUAUAUUCUCAUCGGUUUCUCUCAAAGAAGCUGGGCAAUAUAUUUGUUUAAUUCAAAAUGAUAAAGCUGUUAAUUAUAAGAAAGCUUUUGUUAAUGUUUUUGAUAGCCGCAAAGGUGUAAUAUCUUGGAUCAAUAACAAUAACGAUCUACAUUAUAUGAUUGUCAUUCUUCUCUGUGUACUUGGCUUUAUUCUCUUUUUAAUCUUUUGUUGCCGUUAUCGUCAAAGAAAAAACAUUCAUCAUCAUAAUCUACACUCGAAUUCUAGCGAAAUUGUAAAAUCUGCUAUGAAAUCUCGGCAAUCAUUAAUUCCACAUCAUGGUGUUACAGUUCCAUCCACAAUAACUCGGACAAGUAAUGAUUAUAUCGCUCAUAGUGUCGAUUCAAUACCAAUUACGAAACAAUAUCAACAGCAUCAACGAUAUGGACUACCUCUUCCAUCCGAAAUUGCAUCGCUCACUAGUUCUAAUUUGUACUAUGCGCGAGUACAAGCUCUUUGA